AGUUAUUCUUGGACCAGCCCUUCUACUAAUACAAGAGUGAAUGAUGGACCAUUCGGUGCCACAGCCGUCGCCGGUAGUCGCCGAUUCUGAUAGCAACAUGAAGGGUCAAGGACAGAAUGGGGAUGAUAGUAGCCUUCCUGGUCCUGUGGGGGGUGAGGCUGUAUUAGAAGGAGUCGCUGAUAUGAACAGACGGCCGUCUACGGUGAGACUAUUACUCAAGAACUCGGUGGUCCACUUUGAGGAGGAGACUGAAGGGGCGCCCCCUAGCCUACAGGAGAUGUGUAGACAGCGGAGUCAAAGUGAUAUGACCGCGAACAAGACAGAUGCCUCCGUUCUGAUAGGGAAAUAUGAUCCGGUUACACAAGAACUGCAAUAUGUUGAUCCAUAUAGGAUUGAUGAUGAUGAUGACGGGUCGAACCCUGGUCCCUUCCCGUCCUACCCACCUCAAUCGUCUUCGGUGCGACAGCAUCAACCGGGGCUUGAGGGUAUAGAAGAGAUUAAUGACUACGAUGAAGAUGAGGAGGGCCUAUUGGGGUCAUGUCCCUCAUCCCAACCGGCUUCCGCCAGGGUAUUUGCUCAUUUAGACGGCUUAUUGGCGACUCCACCUCUCGGGCCGGCUCAAGAGAUUCCUCCCGCUGUCACCACCUCACUGUCACCCUUCACUUCACACAACCGGGUAGACUCACCUCGACAACAACACGAAGAGCUCCAGACCGCACAGAAAGCUGCGGACGGGCAUCAUCCCUCGACUGGUGUGAGAAAGGGUGGUGGCCUGACGAGAUACAAUAGAGAAUCUCAGGCUCAGGAUGGCGGUUCUAAUACGACUAUUAUGUUCCGCAACAUCCCUAAUAGAUUCUCACCUGAGGGCCUGCGUGAAGUUAUCCGGGACAAGGGCUUCGCCACGAGCAUGGAUUUUUUCUAUAUGCCUAUGGACUUUCAGAAUCAGUGUAACCUUGGAUACGCUUUCAUCAACUUUGUCAAUGUGGACGAGCUCGACAGGUUUACUCAAGAAUUUCACGGUCAGAAAUUACCCCUAUAUAAAUCGCACAAGGUUUGCGAAGUGUGCCCGGCCAGAGUGCAGGGCUUGAAGGCCAAUGUUGAUCAUUUCCGUAAGUCUGCGGCGCGCGGUUCGAUCCCCGAUGAGUACAAACCGGUGUGCUUCCGUAACGGUGAAAUGGUACCCUUUCCCCCAUCCGAGAGGCCCUUCCACCGCAGUGGUAAUGGUGAAGAUCACAGAAGGUCGUCCAAGAGCUCCGCACAUAGUGGCAAGUUCGGCGGGUUGCGUGGCGAUUCUUAG